GAGAAAUUAUAGGUAAUGGCUGACCCGGUUCAGGCAACCAACGAGGAGCUUAGGAGCAAAAUGAUGGACAUCCAGAUUGAACUGCAGCAGGAGCGUUCCAAGGUGUGUAAGCUGCGCGAGCGGCUCCAGGAGCAGCGUCAGGCUCGGGAACUGGAGCAGCACAAGCAUGCAGUGGCGCUCACUGACCUGCGCGCCAAACUCCAUGAGGAGAAGCUCCGCGAGACUGCAGCAGCACGUGAAGCUCUCGCACGGCAGCAUGAAGCGGAGCUAGCUAGGACGAUUAAGAUCCGCGACACUGAAGUACAGCGGCUCCAAGGACUGGUCCACGCCUUGAGAGACGGAGCCGCUGACAAGCUAAAAAAUGCUCUUCUCGGAGAGGCUCGAGAAGAGGCCAGGAGAGCUUUCGAUGGUGAGAGACUAAAGCUCCAACAAGAGAUCCAAGAACUAAAGGCAGCCAAGAAGCAGGCCGACGAGGCUCUGGCCAAUGCGCUACAAGCCGAUAAAGCCAAAGCAUCUGAUCUGAGGACAGCUUACCAGCAGCACCAAGAUGAAGUGCACCGUAUCAAACGUGACUGUGAGAGAGACAUCCGACGACUGAUGGAUGAGCUAAAGGCCAAGGACCGCGUGGUGUGCACUUUGGAGAGAGAGCUGGGGAUGCAGGCUGGCUACACCCAGAAACUCCAACUCCAGAAGGAAGCCCUGGAUGAGCAAUUGGUUCACGUACGAGAGGCCGAAAGACACAACCACGGCAGCCCAAAGAGAGAGGUGGUGCUUGGGCUUGGGGACAACACAGACCUGCUCAACAACCAGUCUUUGUACUCCUCUUCCUCCCCUCUCCCUCCUGCUUCCCAGGAGACGGAGGAGCGUGACACUAGGAGGUUCCAGCUGAAGAUCGCAGAGCUCCACUCCGUCAUCAGGAAGCUGGAGGACAGAAAUGCGCUGCUGGCUGAUGAGAGGAAUGAACUUUUGAAACGGGUUCGGGAGGCAGAGAGCCAGAUGAAGCCCAUGUUUGAAAAGAACAAACGCCUGUCCAAGAAGAACGAUGACAUCCUGCAAACACUACAGCGAAUGGAGGAGAAACUUAAAAACCUGAGUCGUGAGAACGCUGAGAUGAAAGAAAAUGCUUCCCGUGGCCCCUUGCAGCACCAAACCCAUCAAAACCAACUGAAGCGGCCCAGUUCCCUGACCGAUUUAAGCCACGCCCAUGAGGAACAGGAAGUAGAGUUUCUCAAGCUCCAAAUUGCAGAACAACGCAGCAUCAUUGACGAACUCACGCAGGAACGUGAGCGUUUGGUGAUGGGCAAAAAGACGAGGCGAAAAGCCCUCAAACUAACCAAAAGGCAUGUUGUGGAGACAUAUUUUGGAUUUGAUGAGGAAUCCGUCGAGUCUGAAACUUCUUCUCUGACCUCCUUUAACACUGACCUCACUGACCGUACACCUGCCACUCCAGAGGAGGAAUUAGAGGAGAGCGUUUCUCGUGAGGAGUCGGAGCUUCGUUUUCGUCAGCUCACCAGAGAAUACCAGGCUCUCCAGCGGGCUUACGCCCUCCUGCAAGAGCAGACCGGAGGCACUCUUGAUGCUGAGAGGGAAACCAGGACGCGUGAGCAGCUACAGGCAGAGCUCAGCGGGUGCCAGGCCAAAAUCGUGGACCUGGAGAGGGCUCUGGUGGAGCGGGGGCAGGACUCAAAGUGGGUGGAAGAGAAGCAGCACCUGCUUCGGACAAACCAGGAACUUCAUGAAAAGAUGUGUGCACUGCAGCAGGCAGAGUCACGACUGCAGGCGGAGGUUCAGGAUGCUCGGGACCAAAACGAACUAUUGGAAUUCCGGGUGCUGGAACUGGAAGAAAGAGAGCGAAGGUCUCCGGCCCUCAAUCUUCACAUAUCUGCAUUCCCCGAGAACAGUAGCAGUGCCCUGCAGUCCUACUGCCGCCACGAGGGAGUCAAGGAUGUAGUCAUUCCAGAAUUAAUGAAGAAACUGGAUAUCCUCGGAGAUAACGGGAAUCUCCGAAAUGAGGAGCAGGUUGCAGUGAUUCAGGCUGGCACAGUUAUAUCGCUGUGUGAAAAGUGGUUAAAACAAGUGGACAACACAGAGGCCGCUCUGACGCAGAAAAUGAUUGACUUGGAAAAUGACAAGGAGCUGUUUAGCAAGCAGAAGUGUUUUCUUGAGGAAGAGUUGGACUACAGGAAGCAGGCCUUGGACCAAGCAUACAUGAGGAUCGAGGAGCUGGAGGCCACGCUGUAUAGCGCUCUGCAGCAGGAGCAGCCGUCAUGCCAGGCGGUGACGGAGUCGCUGACAGACAGGCAGAGGGAGGAGCUGAGGCUUGCUGUGGACAAGCUGCGGCGUCAGAUUCUCCGGCAGAGCCGGCAGUAUGACAGUCAGAUCUUACAGGAGCGUAUGGAGCUCCUACAGCAGGCCCAUCAGAGAAUUAGAGAACUGGAGGACAGGAUCGACUUGCAAAAGAGGCAAAUAAAGGAGAUAGAAGAAAAGUUUUUGUUCCUCUUUUUGUUCUUCUCUUUAGCCUUUAUUCUUUGGCCUUAAUGAACAUGGCUGUAGAAGCACAUCAGGUGUUAAGUUUCUGCAGAGGCAAGCGAGGACAAAACAACUCAUAAUUGUAUUUUUAUGCAUUUGUAGACAGUUCAUG